AAUGGCUCUCAUGGUUAGUUAAGUUGUAAAGAAGGAAACUAUUCGGUUUUUGGUAGUGACAGUAUACAUCUUGGAAUUUCGCUGGAUAUUCAAGUCUGUUCCAUUUUAUGAUACUGUUACUAUUUGGUAGAAAUGGUACAAACCCGAUAAUGGAACGCAAUCAGACGUCUUGUUUUGUUUAUGUUUGACUAACCUGCUCAAGGAGAACGAUGGAGUUAUUAAGUCUUGAUCCUGAGGAAAGAGAAAACAUACUUGAUAUUUUGAGGAGCAAAAAACAUCCUACUUACGAUGGCUGUAUGCUUCCGAAAUUUCACCCGCUAUUGGCUAACACUGAAAAACACAUGGAGGCAAUUAGGGACUUUGACUCAAGGGAAUCAGAUAUACUGCUCUGUACUUUCCCCAAAGCAGGGACACAUUGGGUACACGAGAUUGUGUCGAUGAUCCUACAGGAAGGAGCACAGUAUACCAGUGGUCAUAAAAUCAAUAAUAUGCUGGAAGCUAGCAACCUUGAAGAAUUAAAUGAUCGUCCUUCGCCACGUUUCCUCAAUACCCACGUGGCAUUUCGUCACAUCCCAAAGAAACACGUAGAUAAUGGGUACAAAAUCAUUCAUGUAUCAAGAAACCCAAAGGAUGUGAUGGUGUCAUUUUACAACCACAUCAAAAAUGAUCCGGUGGCAGCCUGUACAGAAGAAGAUUUUCCUGGAACUUGGAACGACUAUAUACAGGAUAUGUGUUCAAACAAACACAAUUUCUAUGGUGGUUUUGUCAACUACGAACGAGAAUGGGAGGUGGCGAAACGGACAAAAGUAGUAACAAAUAUCCAUAGCGUGUUCUACGAAGACUUGAAAAAGAAUCCAGUUGGAGAAAUAGAACGUCUGGCAGCCUUUUUGAACAAAGAAUUAAGCCCUCAGCUUAUACAGGAUAUUGCCGACCGAUGUUCAUUUAAAAAUCUUGCAGACGCUACAACUUCAGGCAAAAAAGGGGAGGAUAUGAUCCCAAAAAUUUCAAAGGAUAAAACAAAUUUCAUUUUCAGAAAAGGUACAACAGGGGACUGGAAGAAUUGGUUCACUGUCGCACAAAAUGAAAUGUUCGAUCUAAUGCUGGAAGGGGAGUUGAAAGAUACCGGUCUAAAGUUUACCUAUGAAUUAUAAACGACUAUAAAUAGACUUUGUCAAAUAUUAUACUGAUAACUGAUUAAUCGCCCAACGUAAUCAGUUACAAUGUAAGCAUAGAUGGGUUAAUGGUUCGUCCAACGUUAUACUGUAAUCAGUUACAAUGUUUUACAGAUUAACUGAUGCCUCUUCCAAGGUUAUACUGUAAAGACACAAUAUAAUUAUACAUGUUAUGGAGAUUCGUCCAAUGUUAUACUGUUAUCAAUUACAAAGUUAUUAUAGAUCGAUGAUUUGUGAAAUUUUAUACGGUAGUUUGAUGCGGUUGUUUAACUCUGUGUCGUCUUUUGUACCGAUUUUAUUAACAUUUAA